UAAUAGUAAUAACCAUCAGAUGGCGCAGUAAUUUAAACACUACUUGAAUACACGGGAGUUUCCAAGCUCUGGUGUGAUCGGCAGCAAAAUGGCAGCGAGCGACUCUACCACGGACGACAGCCUUUAUCCGAUCGCUGUUUUGAUCGAUGAACUAAAAAACGAGGAUGUACAGUUACGGCUGAACUCAAUAAAGAAAUUAUCUACGAUUGCUCUUGCAUUGGGUAUUGAACGAACACGUAGUGAAUUGAUACCAUUUUUAACUGAAUCUAUGUAUGAUGAAGAUGAGGUUCUAUUAGCAUUGGCAGAACAACUCGGACAGUUUACUCCUCUUGUAGGAGGUCCAGAAUACGUACAUUGUUUACUGAAACCUCUAGAGAGUUUGGCAACAGUUGAAGAAACUGUAGUUCGAGAUAAAGCAGUGGAGUCUUUAAGAACUAUUGCUGCUCAACAUAGCUCAACAGAUUUGGAAGAACAAUUUGUUCCUUUGAUACAUCGUUUAGCAACAGGAGAUUGGUUUACAUCAAGAACAUCAGCAUGUGGUUUAUUUAGUGUUUGUUAUCCACGUGUUAGUCCAACAGUUAAAGCAUGUUUACGGAAUCAUUUUCGUAACUUAUGUCAAGAUGAUACUCCAAUGGCACGUAGAUCUGCUGCCUCACAUUUAGGUGAAUUUGCAAAGGUUAUGGAAAUUGAAUAUGUAAAAGCAGAUUUAAUUCCAAUGUUUGUCAUCUUAGCUCAAGAUGAACAAGAUUCAGUACGUCUCUUGGCAAUUGAAGCUUGUGUCAGUAUUGCAGCAUUGUUACCACAAGAAGAUGUAGAACAAUUAGUUAUGCCCACUCUUAGACAAUGUGCAAGCGAUCAAUCAUGGCGUGUACGUUAUAUGGUGGCAGAUAAAUUCACAGAUCUUCAGAAAGCUGUAGGUCCAGAAAUUACGAAAACAGAUCUUGUACCAGCAUUUCAAGUACUAUUAAAAGAUAUAGAAGCUGAAGUACGAGCAGCAGCAGCUGAUAAAGUUCGUGACUUUUGUCAAAAUCUUGACAAAUUUAAUCAAGAGUCUAUUAUUAUGACACAAAUAUUACCAAUAGUUAAAGAACUUGUAUCAGAUCCAAAUCAGCAUGUAAAAUCAGCUUUAGCAAGUGUUAUAAUGGGUCUUAGUCCAAUAUUGGGAAAACAUAAUACAAUUGAACAUUUAUUACCAUUAUUUUUAUCACAACUCAGAGAUGAAUGUUCAGAAGUUCGUCUAAAUAUUAUCAGUAAUUUAGAAUGCGUUAAUGAAGUUAUUGGUAUACAACAACUUUCACAAUCUUUAUUACCAGCUAUUGUAGAAUUAGCCGAAGAUUCAAAAUGGCGUGUAAGAUAUGCCAUCAUAGAAUAUAUGCCAUUACUAGCUGGACAACUUGGAGUUGAAUUCUUUGAUGAAAAAUUAAAUUCUUUAUGUAUGACUUGGUUAGUAGAUCAUGUUUAUGCUAUCAGAGAAGCAGCAACGUUAAAUUUAAAAAAAUUGGUAGAAAAAUUUGGUCCUGAAUGGGCACAAAAUACUGUAAUACCUAAAGUCUUAGCAAUGUCAAGGGAUCAAAAUUAUCUUCACAGAAUGACAUGUCUAUUUUGUAUCAAUGUAUUAGCAGAAGUAUGUGGUCCAGAAAUAACAACAAGGGUAAUGCUUCCAACAGUCUUAGGAAUGGCCACGGAUAAUGUUGCUAAUGUACGAUUUAAUGUUGCUAAAACCCUUCAAAAAAUUGGACCUUAUCUCGAGCCUUGUGCAGUACAAGCUCAAGUAAAACCUGUCUUGGAUAAACUUAAUACCGACAGCGACGUGGACGUAAAAUAUUUUGCUUCAGAAGCAAUUGCAGGCAUCGCAGCGUAGGUUGAACAAAAGAAACUGCAUUUAAGAUUUAUCCACCAUUAUACAGAACCUCAAUCUCAAAAAGUAAUCUGACGCAAACAUUUACACUUACACAUGGCAACAGGUAAUAUUAUUGCACAGUCAGAGCAGAUCUAAUGUUGAAAAAAAAUAUAAAUGUAAAAUUCGUAGUUCACAUAUUAAACGAUAUUUUAAGUUCUGUUGUAUCUGUAUAUCUAUAAUUAUAUUACAUAUUAUUAAAUAUUCAAUUCAAUUGGUAAAAUGUAUUUCUUAUACGUACCUAAAUAAUUAUCUAGAGAAUGAUAUAGUAAUAAUAAUAAAAAGUACUCAGAAUCAUUCCUAAAAUCAGAAAAUUUCAUUAUAAUCUGCUCUUCCAUAUUCAUUGAUCAAAAAUUUACUUUAUCUUUUAAUAAUCAGUAUUUUAGUUUGGUACAUAACAUUGUUAAGUAUUGUCUUUGUAAACAACAAUAAAAUUAACAAUGAAUAAUGUAAU